AUGUGGAGAUUAAUCUGCAAGAAGAAUGUUACGAAAUUUAAUUCGGCUGCCGGAUUUUUCGCCAGAAAUUUUGCUGAUGCCCAUAAAACGGCUGCGUCCCCAUUCGCGUUACCCUCUGAACCCUCUACUACAAGCAUUUCAAAGCCGGAGGAGAAGUUACCGUUUUCAAACAUCGUUUCCAAAACGGAAAUGGUCGUUAAUCAGAGACCGGAUGUAUCGUUGAAAGUGCAGGAAGAGGACCUCCACAAGCCAAUACCAUUCGACGAAGUUCCCGGACCUACCGCUUUGCGUUACAUUUCGAAAAUCUGGAGCGUCAUUCCAAUUUUUGGAAAUCAAGUUACUACAAGUACUCUGCAAUAUGUUCUUAGUGCUGGUAGUCAAAUAAGCUGGGGUAACAAUUUGGCGCUGUUCCGUUAUCUUUUGAAUGAAUAUGGACCUGUUGUACGUCUCCACGGUCCAUUUGGCGGAGAUGUCGUUAUUUUGAGUCGUCCAGAACACGCGAGCGUUGUUUUUCAAAACGAAGGGCCGUAUCCAAUUAGAUCAAGUUUGGAUUGUGUCGAAAAAUACCGUUUGCAGUACAGAUUAUACCGACAAGCUGGUCCAUUUUCCAUGCAUGGUCCAGAAUGGGAAACACUGCGAAAGAGUAUUGAACCCGCUCUUGAACAGUCUUUGAAUUAUCAAUGCGACAGAAUAGCGAAGACUUGCGAUAAUUUUGUUGGCCGAACUAUGGUGAUUCGAAAUCGCCAGUUGGAGGUGCCGAAAAGUUACAAAGAAGAAUUAAAUAAGUGGUGUCUUGAAUGCUUGUGUGGCAUUAUGUUCAACAAAAACCUUGGAUUUUUGGAUACCAAAGGAUUAAGUUCCACUGCCGAAACCAGCAUAUUAUUAGAUUCCCUUUCAGAGGCAACGCAUGCUAUAAGAAAAUGCGAAUUUGGUUUGCAUAUGUGGAAAUUCUUUGAAACACCGGCGUGGAAAAGAUUGGUACAGAACUGCGAUACCAUCGACCACAUUUUGGGUAGCUACUUAAAGAAAUCUCAGGAAAAACUACGCGAACGCAAAGAGAAAAAUCUUGAAACUAAACCGGAAGACGUUUCGUUGAUUGAUUGCUUCCUAGUAAAGGAUUCUAUGGUUGUUGAAGACAUUCUUACCGUACUUUUGGACAUGAUGCUUUUGGGUGUUAAUAUGACAACGCAUAGUGCUGCAUUCAUGAUGUAUCAUUUGGCGAGAAAUCCCAGAGUCCAGCACAACUUAUAUCAAGAAAUUUCUAAAUUGCCAGAAAAUUUAACAAGGGAUGAUUUGAAUAAUCUUCCUUAUUUGAAGGCGUGCUUGCAUGAAAGUUUGAGGUUGAAGCCACCAAUGCCAGUUUUGAGUAGAAUCUUAACUAAAGAUAUAACUGUUCAUGGAUAUAGAAUUCCAAAAGGUACAUUUAUGCUGAUCGCGACAAACUUGUCAAGUUUGAGAGAAGAACACUUUGAGGAUGCUCUGAAAUUUAAACCUGAAAGAUGGUUAGGGAUGGAAGUUAAUAAAGAUAUGGAAGCUUUGGCUACCAUUCCAUUUGGUUUAGGACCCAAAGCAUGCUUGGCAAAGAAUUUAGCUGAAGUUCAAAUUUGCUUUUUGAUUAUUAAGAUGUUACGUAAAUUUAGAAUUGAGUACCAUUAUGGCGACAUUGAAAGCAAUAACCAGUUAUUAGCUGCCCCAACUCGACCAUUAAAAUUCCGAUUAGUAGACCGUUUAGAUGGUUAA